UUGACUUUAUUCACUGUUGUCGAUAUUCUGCCGGCAAUUCCUUUUUCAAUCAGUGAGAAGUAUGAUUCCGGUCAGUCAUGAUUGAUCUAUAAUAUCAAGUCAGUCGUUUUGGGAAACAUAUGUUUUGUCUAGAAGCAAGAAAGAUGCAAUCUGAAUCAAACUGUGAUCGAAUGAGAAUAAGAAACGAAAACAUCUGGAGCUGGAAGGAUAUUAAGCAACGAAGAGCAAGGGUUUAUUAUGCAGCAGAGAAUUUAGCAUCGGAAAACUGGGAAUCCUCUGAGCAGAUUGAUAUUCUCAUUGCCAAAUUAAGACACGCCAAUGAAACUGACCGAACAGAAUGGGAACUGAAGAUGGGAAUUCGUACCGGCAAUAUAAUACCAGGCUUCUUGCAACAACUUCGUCGAUUUCUUUCGAGCCAUCGUCCUUCAUUCCGCAAGAACUCUUAUUGCUAGUAUGCUUUCAUUAAUUAGCCACAGAUUUGGGUCGAAGCAACAAAAGUAAUCGGACAUCAACACGUU